CGCUCCGCCCGCCCAAUGGGAGCGGCGGAUGUUAGCGGGCCGGGAGGUGGCGGCGUUGCCACAGCAGCGGCGGCGGAUCGGGGCUGGGUUGGGCGCUGGUGGUCGGGACGCGCCAUGGAAGGGCUGGAAGCUGAGGUUGCAGUGCAAACUGGAGAUCUGUUGCCAUGUAGGAUUUGUGGAAGGACUUUCUUUCCAGCAGCACUGAAGAAGCAUGGACCCAUUUGCCAAAAAACUUCUGCCAAGAAAAGGAAGACUUUUGAUUCCAGCCGACAGAGAGCAGAAGGAACUGACAUUCCCACAGUAAAACCUCUUAAGCCACGGCCAGAACCCCCCAAAAAGCCAUCUAAUUGGAGACGAAAGCAUGAGGAAUUCAUAGCAACUAUACGAGCAGCCAAAGGACUUAAUCUUAAAGAUGGUGGAAAACUCCCUCCACCGCCUCCACCAUCAUAUGACCCUGAUUACAUUCAAUGUCCAUAUUGUCAGAGGAGAUUUAAUGAAAAUGCAGCUGAUAGACACAUCAAUUUCUGUAAGGAACAAGCAGCGCGUAUUACCAAUAAGGGGAAACUGGCAGCUGAUACCAAAGGGAAGGUUCCUACUCGAACACAGUACAAGCCUGCUGCAGUUAAGAAGAUGCCUUCUGCAGUGUCAGCACCACCAUCCUCAUCAUCACGUCUACCGCAGCCAAGUGGCGUUAGCAAAGCAGUUGUAGGUUCCUCUUCAAGUAAAGCACUGUCUUCAUCUGGAUCCAGUGGCAGCAAAAUUCAGUCAUUAUCACCAUCUCAUAAAAACUCAUUGGGAAUGGUGAACCCACAAGCAGGUAGUAAGAUGGACAAGUUAGGCCCACCACUGCGAACUGGAAGAGAUGUGCAAAGGUUUUAUGACACUGAUACAAAAACAGACAGUACCAUCAAAAGACCAAAUGAAUUGUUGCCUAUCAAGAAAGGUGCAACAAAAUCACGGAUGUCAACCCCUCCUAGUGUGGCAAGAACUAUGAGCACAGGUGCUCUAUCAAACAAAAGAAAACCUAAUAAUUCGGACAGUUACUCAAGGUCUGAUAGUAAAACUGGGAAUGACACUGCUGACUACCUAUCCUCAGUCAACGGAGGAAGUUCAAAAAACAGUGAAGGAAAUUCAUCUGUACAGUUAUCUAAAUUUUGCCAUGAAUGUGGAACAAGGUAUCCAGUGGAAUGGGCAAAGUUCUGCUGUGAGUGUGGAAUUCGAAGAAUGGUUGUGUGAAUGCUUUCUUAAAAGCAAAGAGAAAAGGAGAUCUUGAAAGCAUCUGCUAUGUGCUGCUGCAUGGAAAGCGAAAACACUCCUUCAAGUUAGGCUUCAUGCUGCAAACACGUUGAAACAUUAUAAUUUUGAGUGCAAUCUUCUGGUUACAUAGUAAUUUAUAUAUAAAUAUGUAUUCUGUAUAAAAAAAAGUAACAGGUACUUAAAACUGUGCCAUUCAAGGAAAUACUCUUUAAUCUCAGUUGGAAAUAUUUUAAAUUAGGGUAAAAAUGUGUUAAGUAACUUAAGUAGUGGAAGUGGUUCAGUGUUAAUUUUCUUAUAUGGUUCUAUAGAAGUUAUUUAAGUCACUCACCCGUAGGGAACUAGCCAUAAAUACUUCUGCACCAAAAGAUUCUCUGUGGAGGCAUUUCCUUCAUAUGUGAUAGUAACUAGAAGCUAUCUAUGUUGUAAAAACGAUGUGAGCAACUCCCUAUAAAUUCCUUGUUACAAGUGCAAAAAGACUGGAGCCCUUUAACCUCUUUACUGUAUUACUUUAAUUGAACUUUCCAGUUACUUUGCAGGAUUUUUUUUUUAAUAAUUCAAAUAGGAAAAAAUCUGAAAAUUCCACUCACAUCUAAGAAAAUCAGAAGUUGUGGUUGUUGCUCUGCCCAUUCUGUUUUUGACUAAGAAUUUGUUAAUAUUUUAUGUACUUAUGAAGACAAAUGUGAUAUUUUAAUCAGUUACUUCUAUUCAUAAAUACAUAAAAACUUGUCUUCCUCUCCCUGUGCUCUCCACCAUGGCUGGCAUAUGUAAAAGCUCUUUACUUUUGUCCUAAAAGGUUUGCAAGGGUCCUAUUUUCCUCUUCCCUUGCCUCCUGAAGGAGACUCUAUUGUAACUGUACCUAAACAUUGAACUUAUUUUUAAAAACAACCUUCUUUGUAUCCAAUACAAAAAGAGUUCCAUAAAAAUGAAUACUAUUAGAAAAGUAGAACUUAAGUAGUUACUGUUUUUUAUACUUAUUCCUGUGCAAAUAGCAGGUCCAGAGUUUGUUCACAGUUCUACACAUGUUUUUGUGGUGGAUUUUCUUCUGUUUGUUUGUUGUUGUUUUUUUUCCUCCCAUCCCCAGUUCUUGGUAUUCAUGGGCUCUGAACAGCAACCUCAUCUGUAACAGUCUUCAUGCGAGUUCAUUGGUAUUAAGUGUCAGAACCUGUAAGAACCUGUUCCUUUUUUGUCAGUUGUUUUGUUCUUUUUUUUUUUUUUUUUUAAACAACACAAUCUACUAAAACCAUUUACAAGCUGCAUCACUUGUGUCUGAAUGUAGUGAUUUGUUUUGUUAAGUUUUAUUUGGAAGUUCUGCUACUAUAUUAUUGGAAGAACAAUCUGAAAGGACUUAACUGUGCCUUUAUCACAGUACACUUUUUUUUUUUUUUUUUUUUGGUCAAAAAUGGUUACUUUCAGCUCACAAACAUUAUUGGAAGCAAUUUAUAUCAUUUCUUUUUUAGUUUGUGUAAAAUAUACUGCAGCAUUGCACUAAAGUAACGUAAUCAUUGAACACACUUUCAGAACUUGUGAUUAACAUCAGUGGGGCCAAUUGUGAGUAAAUGUGAAUGAAGAAAUUUAUCUCCAAAUCAGGUUCUAUUCUCAGAAGGUAAGAGAUUUAAGAGGCUUGAUGUAGUCAUCUUCCAGGCCAAAGACUAUUGAAUAUUUUAUAAUUAACUUCAAUUAUAUUAAAUUGUCUUACACUUUGUAUAAAAAAUUAUUUCCAGAAAUUAUUCUUUCACCUAGUGUAGUCUUGUAAAUAGUUUAUAUAAUAUGGCUGUGGAGCAUGGUAGGAUGAAUAACCAUUUAUGAGAGACACGACAAGUUUUAGUCAAGUUAUAUUCUAGUUAGUUUAGGCUGUAGGAUCCAUAUUUUGGCACAUUCAUAUCUGUACUUAAAAAAAAAAAAAUAAAUAAAUAAAUAUUGGAAUCCUGCAUCUUUAGCACAAGCCUGCUUUAAAGAACUUCUCUUGGACUUGUGCCUUGGAGGUCUACAGUCAAUGAAGGUUAGGAACAUCCAUCAGAAAAGAUGCAAAUCCAAAAUCAGUUUGAUUGGUUAGUGAAUCUAUAAAAUAAUCAGUUCCUUUAUCUGACUUGAUGAAUUUCCAUUUCUUGUUUCUGCUGGAAGUAUGCAUUUUACCAGUUACUGAAAGUACAUUCUACAAGGAGAAAAUUUGGUAAGGAAAUAAAUGUAUUCUAGGUUUUCAAGGACAGAUGAAACUGUUGGAAAAUAUAUUGACUUUUUCUCCUUUGAAUUUCAAGUGGUCUAUUUUCUGAUUUUAAAAUCAAUUAACAUAAAAUAAUGACAAUUUCUGCUUUUUGAGUUGUGUAACUCUGUUUCCAGUUCUACGUGUAGUUUAGUGGGAGACAUACAGAGCACUUUACCUAUGCUUCUGUGACAUAUAGCAAGAAUUAGAAUGGGAAUUAACCUCGACUGAAAGGAAAAAAUCAACAUUUAAAGAUUUCCUGAACUUUUAAUUUGGCCUAUAAGAAUGUCUACUGAAGUAUAAAUGACUAUCAGAAGUAAUGUUUUAUAAUGUGUCUAUGUUUGAUUAUACAAUAAAGAUAAGCAGGCAAUGAAAAUGUGAAUGAUUAUGCUGUUUAUUACUGUAUAGUGAGACUAUCAGAAACAUAGUGUGUAUCUACUUUAUGAGCUGUCUUUUUUUUCACUGAGUGACACGUUUCUGAAGUCUUUAGUGUUGCUGACAGUAGAAAGUAUUACGUGCAUGAUCAGAACAGAUCACUAUAAUUCCAUCUACAUGCUUCAAAUAAAUUUGCUCUGCAGAACUGAAUAUGGAAAUGAAUUUAUUAUACUAUUUCAGGAGAAAAAAAAUAAACUGUAAGAGGAGAUAAGACUGAUCUUCAGGUAAUAUUGCAUGUAUCAAGAAAUAUCUGAAUUCAGUUUAAGAAGACCUAGGUUCAGACCCUCUUUGCCCUGUUCCUUUCAAUGCCUUUAUGUCUUGGUUCUUCAUGGGUGGAGAAAACAUCAAUACGUAUUCUGAAAAGGCAGAGUUCCUGAAUGCUUCAAGAACCAAAAUUUUUACAAUUGUAAACAUAAAAUAUCUACAUGAACUAUGCACUCAGAUGCACUGCAUUGCUGAGUCUAAACUUAGCUAAUAUCACCCUCUGGAUUACUUGUUCACAAAUACUUAACUUAAAAGACUAAAUUCCUUAUACUAAAUGUGUAAAUUUGGGAUGAUACGAUUACUUCAUCUGCCUUUUCUGUUGUGUAUUUGUGUAUGCACAUAUGUAUUGUGUAAGAACUCUAGUCUUGCAAAUAUAAAAAGUUGUUCCACUGAAGUAGAGUCGAUACAAAACAAUUCUGAACACUAGUGGGGGAUUGUGGAGCCCCAAAGAGAUAAUUGGUAUAUUUGCUAUAUACAGAAAGUUACAUUUAUUGAUGUGAUCUUAAUGCUACUUAUGUCUGUGUCUGACCCUAUGACAGAAUUUAGUUUAGCAUCUGCUAUGUGUUGCUGAAGUGCUUGACAUGAAUAAAAUUAAGCUAAUGAGAAAAGAAGGUAAAAAUAGAAGGCUAAUGAUAACAUCCCACGUAGAGAAACAAGAAUGUUGUUGCUGAGGUCCAGACCAAUCAUGUUUAUAUUCACAUUUUGUUUUUGUAUUUCAUUUGAUUUAUGAAGGAUGUCUAACAGAAAGGAGCUGCAGGAACUGAAACUGUACGUUGCAAGUGCAGUGGAAUUUUGAAAUAUACUGGCUUCAGAGGUGAAAGCAGGACAGCGUAAGGCCUAACCGUUAUAUGAUUUCCCUUUCACAAGUUUAUAUUUACGCAUGAUAUCGAUUUCAGUUCAGAAAGAAACUGUCUAGGGUAUAUCUAUGCUCACAGCAACUUAUAUGUAUGAUUAGAUAGUUAUAGGUAUAUCCUCAGUGUGCACCACUACAGGAAGGUGUGCAGUAGGAGGCAGAGCAAGCUUUAGCACACUUUCAGAUAGUAACAGUGAACAUCUGUGCGGAAUUUUUCAAACUUGCCAAAGAGAUCUGAACAGCCAUCAGCCUCCCUCAGGUGGGUUUGAAAAGCUUAACCAGAAGGAUUGCAUGGUCAGGGAGCUCUCCAUGGUGCUCCUGGUGCCAAGUCUCUCCCUAUAGUGUGCCUGGCAGUGUCUCUGUGAGAUCUUCCAUGUAGCAAGGUACACAGGGUAGGAACUCCAAAAUGUCUUUUAGGACCCAAGUUAAACUUCACCGUUGUAGCAGUUCUGUAAUUUGAGUGAGACUAAGUCCUAAUUCACAGUUGCAGUUGAGACUAGUGUCUGAAAUGCAGUGUGUGAAGAGAAUGGUUCCAUGAUGCAUGCUUAUCAAGUCCAUGAGGGAAGGUAUGAUUGCAGUAAUUGAAAUGCUAACAAACAAGGCAUUUAGCAGUGUGUAUUGAUGUAGGCUGUGUAAUUAGAGUCUAAAAUGAAAUGGCAUUGUCAGUGUCUUACAAAGUUCAUGAGUACUGGUUUUCAACACAUAGCUUUUGUAUCUGCAAUCAACAAACUUUUUUAUAAGUUUUCUUAAGUCUUAUCUAAAACAUGUGUGCUUUGUAAGAGCAUUUGUUGUAACUGCGCUUCUUUCUGUUUGACAAAGUUAUGAGUAAUUGUUUGGGUUGUAUGAGACAGUGGAAAUAUCAUCUUUGAAGUUUUUUUGGAGACUGGUGAAAAUAUUUUCAUUGACUUUGAAGAAGCACAGCUCAUUCCAACGUGAUGGUUGUGUUGCUGGGUAAAGCUUUGAGUUACUUUGUUGUGUCACUGAAAGAAAUGCUCAGUAAGAGAUUCUUAGCUGUAUUCAGCAUUUACUUGGUUGAUGCUGUCUUUCAAGCAUUCAUGAUGGGAGGGAUCAAUCCUUUGCAUAUUGGUGGGUUUUUUGUCCAUUAUCUUUUUCUUCUUUUAAUGUAUGUUGUUCCAGAAUGCCCUAUUCUGCUUAGCCCAAUUGAUAGAAAACAGCCCACUUAUAUUUUCUUUUAAAUAAUUAGAGCUUUUUUUUUUUCUUAAUAAAUCAUUUUCCUCCAAUAGAAACAGCAACUUGUGAGACAGAAAAACAAACAGUUUAUUAAAGCUCGGUUUAAUAUGGUUGAACAGUGAGCAUAAGAUCUAAAUGUUGUUUUCCAUUGUUCUUGUAUUUGAAUUUCUGGCAUAAAUGCAGAUGGAUUUGGGUCUGUUCUUGUAAAAUUCCAUGUAUUCCAAGUAUUCCAUGGCUUUUAUAAUACCUACUUUAUAUGAUUGCUUUAACUCUCUUGGUGUUCAUCCUUCAUACGAUAUUUAAUAUGUAUCUUCAUAAGUUUAUUUAUUGAUGUUCUGUGUUUUUAAAUGAAAUGCUCAUUCAUGUAUUUAAAGUGAUUAAUUUUUGUCAGCACUGCAUUUAUUAUGUUUGCCUUGACCUUUAGUAUACUUAAUAUUUGUGACCAUCCAGUGUUUUGUACUUUUGGGUUGUUUUUUUUUUGUUGUUGUUGUUGUUCUUUUGGUUUUUUUGUUUUGUUUUCCAUAAUGCCUGGGCUUGUGUUUUAUUUGAUAUAUUAAUAUUAUUUUAAAGUCUCAAUUCUGUUUUCAUCAAUAAAUGUAAAUCACCUCCGAUGCUAAUUUGCCACUUGUAAACAAUAAAGUGAAUAUGCCAAUAAAGCUUCUUGAAAUGUG